AUGAAGGUAACCUCUCAUCUACCGCGCGAACUCACGGCGGAACAAGUCGAGGAGGCGCAAUACCUUGCCAACAUUGUCCCUCAGAGUCAGCGCCCACCAAUAACAGCCCAAGAGGAGAUGAGCAAGAGGCAAUCCCCUUCUGCGAACACCGCGUUUGUGUCCUCUUUAUUGACUGUCCCUCCCAUCCCCGAGGCUCAUAUGAUUCUACCCUCUGUUCCCGUUGUAUCUCAGUCGCCAAACAUAUCCGACUGGGAAAUUCAAGCUUUGAAAGGCAUCAGGAGGAACAAGUUGAGUCUGGACAAAGUCUGGACAAUGAAGACUUGGAACAUGAAAAGCAACAUCUCCCAGAGGCUGAAGUUGCUUGAUGAUGACGGGUAUGACAUCAAGCCCUUGCUCAUCAAAGGUACGACUAGUGCUCAGGUUACUCAGGCGGUGCUUGAUCACAUCGAAGAUCGAAAGCAGCAGAUUGCAGUAGUAACUGCCUCGGACCCAAAACAGGACGUGGAAAACGAUGCCACCCAGCUAGUCAAAAAUCAUGAACACUUUCAUCAUGCAAGGCAUCUUGAAGAUGGGUCUCUCGAGACUGUAGAAAGCGAACCACUCCCCGAACGUCGCCCACAUGUUACCGAACCCAUGACACCACAGAAACGCAAGCAUCAGCAUGACUAUGAUGAGCAAACACGAGAUGACCCAGAGGGUACAGGAACAGAUAAGACCUCUAUCCCACCACCAUGCACAUGCGGACCAGCGAGAAAGAGGCCCCGCAUGUCGACACCGGCGGAAUCGGAAAAGGCGAUACAGAAGGAGGCGUGGAACCUCUUCAAGAACAAGGUUGCGCGCGACAUCUUCCAAUCCUCUCGAGCGGCAUGUAAGGAAGCUGUGCCAAAUCGGUUGUCUAUAGUAGAUCCAGUAUCCGCACCACUACCAGCGUUCUUACCCAAGCCACCCGUUCCCUCGUCCCGGAUCAUCUUCACAUCCACAGACCCCUCGUCCAACACGCGUACCCCAAGUGACGUUCGUAUCGGCUCGCGCGGUUUGGCUUUUAUGAUGGACGAAGUCAAGUUUUUGUCUCAUACCCAAGAUGAACAAGGCAGACUGUACAUCUGCGAUCCGGAAGCUGCCGAGGACCGAGAAGGCGACCAAAAUACAGUCCGCUUGAUGGAAUACAAGCCCACAAAUUCAACUGGAGACUACAGCCCUAUCGACGGGGAGUACCGAGGCCGCAUCCGUGUUUCCGAAGACUUAUAUGGUCAGGUCAUCAUGCACGGUGAUGCCUUUGCAUUGCAGGGCUUGAUAAAGCAGCUGCGAAACAAUGAUCUGAACCACAUAUCCAAGUGGCGCUUCGAUGGCAAGGAGGUUGUGCGGGAGGACAGUAUGUCGUGGUCGUUGAGUAGUGAUACGCAAGACGUAUUGGCGAAGAUCGAGAAGAUUCUUGAGGCAGGUCAGGAUCGAGGUGGGGUAGUGGUACGUGUUGAGCAAGUCUACAAUGGAAAGAAGCUGCGCUACAGCUGA